AUGAGAAACCUUUUAUUAUUGGAAGGAAGUUUUGCUGGCAAUUUCAACAAGAUGAUUCUGAAAUGGUUGCAGCUGGUAGAAAUUAUGUAGUGGUUUUCGAUCAGACUGAGAAAAUUCAUCGUCUAUAUAUUGCUCGAGAUACCCAAGGAAGAAGUGCAGGCUGCGGUGAAAUUUGUUGAAAUUCAACGAAGAUCUCAUAUGGAAUCAACACAUUGUUUGCUGGUGGAUCAAUUCGAACACCACUACAACAUUAUGAUGUUAAUGGAGGAUCUCAUCAUCAUCAUAAUGGAAUGACUCCAGCAAGUGAGUUUUUUAAAUUUAAAAUCUGCCAAUAAAAUAAUUUUUUAGUGGUUGCCAAUUUUCAAUGAAAGUCAACUUUUGCCAGAUCCAACUCUCGAACUUCAUCCACCAGCUUCUCAACCUCCACCAUCUCGCGAAGAAGACACUUCUGGUGAAUUUAUUCGUCGAGCCCCAACAAAGGGAAGUAUUUAUUAUGGAGUUGGAUAUAAUCCAAAAAGACAUCGUCGUGAAGUUCUUAUAAAUUCUUCGGAUUUAAAGACACCUGAAAACUCACGAUUUGUUAUGAAGAACGGAUAUCCACAUAUGGAAAUGGUUGGAGAAUUGAGAGUUUUUGAAACACCACAAGAUGUUGAAUAUUUUGGUAAUCUUCAUUUUAAAAAAUUCAUCAUUUUCUAACAAAAGUAUAAUUUUUCCAGAAUCGGCCAAUCCACCAUCAACAGUUUGUCCAUCUUCAUCUUCUACAUUAUUUUUCACUUUACUUGUCACUGCACUUACUGUUCUUUCAAUUCUUCUUAUUUCCGUCUUCUUAUUAAUUUCCUCCAGAAUUAGAUCAAAGAAAAAUAAUUCUAUUCAUUUUGCACAAUAA